GCUCUGCUGGGUGGUAGGAGAAGUGGGGGAGGGUGCCGGAUCUGUUCCCCUCAGGGGCCCGCGGACAGCACAAUAGCCCCUGGGGCUGCUGCUCUCUGGCUUAAGUGGUUGCCUGGGCAACAGCUGGGGCCAAUUUCCACCAAUCCAUGGCAGAGGCUGGGUGGGGGGAGGGAAGCUGGCCGGGAAAGGGGGGUGCCGUCCCCUUGAGCUGGAUCGUAUAUAAGGAGGAGGGAUGUGAGCAGAGUGGUCUGGGCUUUGCAGUCCCUCCAGCGGGCGUGGAGGCCGGGCACAAAGAUGCUUAGGCUGGGCUUCGCCAAGCCUGGGUCCUGGGCCAGCUUCUGGGCCAUCCUGACCUUGGUAGGCCUGGCUACUCGUGCAGCCCACAAAACUGAUGUCGGCGGGGAGUCAACGGGCACCUCCAUCAACCACUCCCAGAUGCUGCUGCAACGCUUACAAGAGCUGCUGCGGCAGGGCAAUGCCAGCGACGUGGUUGUGCGGGUGCAGGCCGCGGGCACCGACGAGGUCCGAGUCUUCCACGCCCACCGCCUGCUGCUGGGACUGCACAGCGAGCUGUUCCGGGAGCUGUUGAGUAACCAGAGCGAGGUGGUUUUGCAGGAGCCCAGGGACUGUGCUGCCGUCUUUGACAAGUUCAUCAGGUACCUCUACUGCGGUGAGCUGACCGUGCUGCUAGCGCAAGCCAUCCCCCUGCACAAGCUGGCCACCAAGUACGGGGUGGCCUCCCUGCAGCGGGGCGUGGCCGACUACAUGCGCGCGCACCUGGCGGGCGGCGCGGGGGCGCGCCAGCACGGCCGCCUGCUGGUCCGCCACGCCUACAGCUUCCACCAGAGCAGCGAGGAGGCCGGCGACUUCCUGGCGCACGCCGACCUGCAGCGGCGCAACUCCGAGUACCUAGUGGAGAACGCCCUGCACCUUCAUCUCAUCAUCAAGCCAGUCUACCACACCCUCAUCCGGACCCCCAAGUAGCCAAGCAGGGCUGGGGAUGAGUUGCUCGGCGUCCCUGACGCCUCUGGAUCCGGAAAUAAAGGCUCAGCAUAGAUGGUCCAGAGAGACUGGGAGUGGCACGGCCAGUGGCCAGGCACUGGCAGCUUUGGAGCCGGGUGGAAUCCAGGUGAGGGGUGGUAGACCAGAUGCCUGGUUUCAGGAGCUGAUUUCAAGCUGACUUGAAAGUGAUGCUCUUGGUAGAAUAAACCGAUGCUCAGA